AUGGACAACGCACCGGCUUCACGUCUGAUUUACAGCUUUCAGACAGAGUUUAUUGAGAACCUCCACGUCCUCCCCAAUGGAAAUCUGCUUCUCAGCACCUUGAAGUCACCUACGGGCCUUCUUUACACUCUGGAUCCCAAGGCAUCGGAUCCUCAGGCGAAGCUAGUUACUAGCUUUGAUAGCAAUAUCACGGCUCUUACGGGCAUUGUUCCAUUGCCUGACUGCGGUGACGACCUCUAUGCCGUCAGCGGUGGUCGGCACACGUCCUUUGCAUUUAAGAGGGGAAGCCUCGGCGUUCACAUAGUAUCCCUCAAGACGGGCACCGUGGUCGACAGCAUUCCCGUGUCUGAUACGGCCACUAUGAAUGGCAUGACCGCCCUGUCACUCCAUCCACACCUGCUGCUCAGCGCCGAUUCGAUUGGCGGGCGCAUUCUAUCCAUCAACACGCGCACGCGCAAGACAGGCGUCCUGCUCGAAGACUACGCCCUAGGCCCAGGCGCUUACAACUCUACAUCUAGGAUUCCACCCAUAGGCAUCAACGGACUCCGUGCCCGUGGGGACUACCUGUACUUCACCAAUUCGAGCCAGGGCACGUUCGUGCGUAUCCGCGUCGACGAGCACGGGAACCCCGCCGGUGACUUCGAAGUCCUGGCGCGGAGCCCUGAUCACCUACAGAUCUACGAUAACUUCACCUUUGACGGCGAGGGCAACGCCUACGUCGCCGUGCAUUCGUCGUCGGUCGUCAAGAUUACCCCGGAUGGCGUACAGACGACCUUAGUCGGUGGCGACGGGUCCGGCUCGCUGCUGAAGGAGCCGACCUCCGUGGCCCUGGCUAACGAUGGUAAGUCCAUCUUCGUCUCGACUGGUGGGAACUUCAGGGCUACGCCACGAGAGGGCGGUCAGGUCAUCCAGAUUCAGCUACAGUGA